UCUUGGGACAGUGAAGCCCUGAAACAUACCUUUCCCUGCAUCUAAAGUUCUAAACCCCGCUAAAGUGGCUAGCCACCAUCUUCCCGCCGUGCCGCCGUCGUGUCCUUCACGCUGCGACGCUCCCUUUCCACCGCUGCAGAACCAGGAUUUGGAAUGCGCUGCUGAUUUCUUUUUUAUUUACGUUUUUGUUUUAAUUAUUGGUGGCCUUGCGGUUCCAUAACCAUAAGUGAGGGUUUCGUUCUAGACUUCAACAUGGAGGUGUUUAAAAGGGCUAUAAUGCAGCCUGGGCCACCUGAGCAUUUCGCUUUACUGACAGUUCAAGAAGUCAUCAAACCUCAGAAGCAAACGAAAUUGGCCCAAGAUGAGAACCAGUUGCUAGAAAACAUUCUACGCAUGCUACUUCAGGAAUAUGUGUCAUCGGCAGUACAGUCUGGGGAGAAAAUAAUGCACUUUGGGCAAUCAAUUGAUGCUACUGAAACUACUCAAGGCCUCAUUCCUCGUCUUCUUGAUAUAGUACUAUAUCUUUGUGAGAAAGAACAUAUAGAAGGUGGUAUGAUUUUUUCACUGUUGGAAGACUUGACAGAAAUGUCUACAAUGAAAAACUGCAAAGAUAUUUUUGGUUAUAUAGAGAGCAAACAAGAUAUAUUAGGGAAGCAAGAACUUUUUGCUCGAGGAAAGCUUGUGAUGCUGAGAACCUGCAAUCAGCUCCUACGCCGGCUGUCCAAGGCAAAUGAUGUGGUGUUUUGUGGAAGAAUUCUCAUGUUUUUGGCUCAUUUCUUUCCAUUAUCAGAGAGAUCAGCCUUAAACAUCAAAGGAGUAUUUAACACAUCAAAUGAAACAAAAUAUGAGAAAGAACCCCUAGGCAUAUGUAUUGAUUUCAAGUUUUAUGAGACUUUCUGGGGAUUACAGGAAUAUUUUUCUAAUCCAACUAUAACUCAUGCUCCUUCCAAGUGGCAGAAAUUUGCGUCCAGUUUGUCGGUUGUACUGAAUACAUUUGAAGCACAACCUUUAAGUGAUGAAGAGGGGGAUGCUAAUAAUUUGGAGGAAGAAGCUGUCAAUUUUAGCAUAAAAUAUCUCACAAGCAGUAAACUAAUGGGACUGGAGUUAAAGGAUCCAAGUUUCCGACGCCACGUUCUGGUGCAAUGCCUCAUCUUGUUUGAUUAUUUAAAGGCCCCUGGAAAAGGUGAUAAGGAUCUGCCAUCUGAAAGCAUGAAAGAUGAGAUUUCAUCAUGUGAGGCGCGUGUUAAAAGACUUCUUGAACUGACUCCACCCAAAGGAAAGGAAUUUCUUCACAAAAUUGAGCAUAUAUUGGAACGGGAAAAGAAUUGGGUGUGGUGGAAACGCGAUGGCUGCCUGCCAUAUGAAAAACAACCGACCGAAAAGAAAGCAAUACAAGAUGGGACCAAGAAGCGUAAGCCUAGAUGGAGAUUGGGUAACAAAGAACUCUCCCAAUUGUGGAAGUGGGCAGAUCAAAAUCCGAAUGCUUUAACCAAUCCUCAGCGUGUUCAAACACCUUCAAUUAUGGAUUAUUGGAAACCCUUGGCUGAAGAUAUGGAUCCUUCUGCUGGAAUAGAAGCUGAAUAUCACCACAAGAAUAACCGGGUUUAUUGUUGGAAGGGUCUACGGCUUUCAGCACGACAGGAUUUGGAGGGUUUUUCCAAGUUUACCGACCAUGGCGUUGAAGGGGUUGUACCACUGGAACUUUUGCCACCUGAUGUUCGAUCUAAAUAUCAAGCUAAACCGAAUGAGAGAGGAAAACGUAGCAAAAAGGAAGAAGCAAAAGGCACAGCUCAUCAAGUUGAUGAAAAUCAGAUGUCUACACAUGCAACGGAGGUAGAUGUGGAAGGCAUUAGAACUGAUAUGACAGCGACACCUAUGGAAUUUGAUGCUGCUUCCAUCCCUGGCGCACAGGGGGAAACCCCGACACCGGAAGAACUUCAAAAGCAGAGUUCUGACACUGAUGGUGGCCAGGAAGCAGGUCAAUUGGACGCUGAUGCUGAAGUUGAGGCCGGCAUCAUAGACGGAGAGACGGAUGCAGAUGUUGAUUUAGAUGCUAAGGAUGAUUGAUAUUGAUGCCAUUGUCAGCAUCGUGUU